GCGACUAAAUGCAGAAUUAGAAGCAAAAACAGAAAAACUGGUGCGUCAGGCUGAAGAAGUAAUGAAAGGCCAACAGGAGAUACUAUCUAGGCCAGUUUCAGUACAGACUAAGUCAUGUGAAGAUGACAGACAGAGAGCUCCGCUGUAUCCUGAAGUUUCAUCUCUUACACACUCAAAUGCCAAGGUGGCAAACAAGAAGAAAUGUGCUCCCAUGCCCAUGGCUCAGAACAGACUGUGCUCUGGAAGUAAGGGAAAAAGAACAACUUCAAGUUCAAAGAUAAGAAACCUGGAAGUGCAAAGUGCUGAUGAUGUUGCAGUACUGGAGGAUUGCAUAGAUUUUUCUUUAGCAAAAACAAUAAGCAAAAUUGAAGAAAAACUAGAGAGAGGAGCCUUACCGGAUUGUCUAGAUGAUGAUAUUAUUCCAAGCAUUGGAAAUGAAAUUGGAGCAGAAGCUCAAAUCAGAUUUCUUAAGGCAAAGUUACGUGUUACGCAGGAAGAGCUGGAUAGUGUAGCGUGUGAAUGCAGGAAAAAGGAUGAUGAAAAUCAGAAUUUAAAAUCUCGGCUUAAAGGUACUGAAGAAGAAAACACCAGACUGCAACGAACAAUCAGUAUGCAACAUUCUCAGACUGAAAAGUACAAAAUGUUGUCACAAGAAGCAAACAAAAAAAGUGAAGGGUUACAACAGGAGGUCAUUGCGCUAGAAAAGGAAUUGGAGAAUCUAAAGCGUGUACAAAAGCAGGCCACAAGCAGUCAGAGUGCAACAGAGGUUCGCUUAAACAGGGCCCUGGAAGAAGCGGAAAGGUAUAAAGUGGAGCUGAAUAAACUGAAGCAAAGUAACAAGGAUGUAGCUAACCAAGAACUCAAAACAAUUGAAGAAUUAAAAACAGAAAACAAGAAACUGCAGAAACAAAAAGGAGAGCUAAUGACAGGUUUUAAAAAGCAGUUAAAGUUAAUUGAUAUUUUAAAGAGACAAAAGAUGCACAUUGAAGCUGCUAAGAUGCUUUCUUUUACUGAAGAGGAAUUCAUGAAAGCUCUUGAGUGGGGAAAUUAUUGA